AUGAAUUGUACCAGAAGACUGAAAAUUCUGUCCACGAUUGUGGCGUUGUUUUAUCUCGUGACAGCGAAAGAUGACGCCCAUCAGAAUAUUCAAGCCUUCGUGUCUAAACCAAGAGUGGUGGGAGGCCGCGAUGCUCGACCAGGGGAAAUCCCGUAUCAGGUAACAAUACAGAGGAAGUUUUAUUUUGGAAAUGGUUCGUAUCACUGGUGUGGCGGAGCUAUUAUAGACGGCGAACACGUGCUCACUGCUGGACACUGCGUUUAUGGGCUGGACACUGCCGAGUUAAUAGUGUACUCCGGGGUUCUGAACAACACCUGGCAGUCUCCAGAAGCCAGCAAGGUCGUCCAAAGAGUUACUCACGCUUUCCUUCACGAGGGAUUUGAUUACGAAAAGUACCAUAACGACAUAGCCAUCUUAAAGGUGAGUCCUGGCUUCCCCAAGGAUAACCCGGAGGUGAGUACAAUCCCGCUACGUGAGGACAUCGCUCCUGAGGCUCUCCUCUGCUCGGUGAGUGGGUGGGGACUCCUCGGAUACUCGGAAGGGAUCAUGCCGGAAAAGCUUCAGGUAGUCACUGUACCCUUCAUCCGCCAUGACAGGUGCCGGCUCAUCUACGAAAACUACACCGAGGGGAGCGUUGAACCCGGCAUGAACUGCGCCGGCUACCCGGAGGGUGGAAGAGACGCAUGUGGGGGUGACAGCGGCGGGCCUCUGCAGUGUGGCGGUCUUCUUACCGGGAUAGUAUCCUGGGGGGAGGAGUGCGCCUUGCCUGACUACCCCGGGGUGUACGCAGAUGUUGCCUUCUACAAGGACUGGAUUGCAAAGCAGCUGGAUAGAAGCAGAGUAGCUGAUCAAGAAUCCACGGUCUUUGUUGGAACCAGCUCAGACAUUCACAUCCAAACCAAUGAGAAUCAGAUUCCUACCUCCUACGGUUAGGUCUACUAGGAAGUCUCUUUCCGUCAGGAUUUUCGACUAAAAAUUUUUUUCUUGUGCCAGAUUAGCGAAUCCGUCUUGAUUUUGAGCUCCUAGAGUCUGAUGAAAAAUGAGAAUUUCUAGUUCACCGGACGACAUUACCGUCAAGAACUUAAAUCAGUCCCUGCAGUGCAGUUUUGGACUCAAUGGGACUGAAUAAAUUCGUAACGAAGUAAAGUUCAGUAAUUUCACAGCUACAAAUUUGGUCAUUCAACAUCAUUGACUUACUUCGUUAGAGCCUAACACGCCUGGUAAGAACGAUAAAACUUGUGUAAUAAUUUAAUUAUGGUAAUCAUACAGAUUGGUUGAAACUCAUUAUAAUUAUUAGGUCGGCGUAAUUAUAUCCAUUAAAAUGAAGCUGUACCACUAUAUGCCGUGCAGGCGUUUGUGGGGGGAGGAGAAGUGUGUAUCCAGUACAAUAAUAAACUUCAUUUCUGAAUAUUUGUUUAAAUCUUGUCAGUCGAAUCACAAUAAAAUUCCUAUUAAAUAUUAAAAUAUUAUUAUAAUUAACAUUUAAAUAUUUAAAAUAUAUUAAA